AUGGCUCCGAGGCUGGUCCUUGGUAACGGAACUGACCGUGGCCCUGUCCUCCUAGUGCACCAGGUGGCGGAGCGGGUGGAGGCCCUGGGACAGUUUGUCAUGAAGACCAGAAGGACCCUCAAAGGCCACGGGAACAAAGUUCUCUGCAUGGACUGGUGCAAAGAUAAGAGGAGGAUGGUGAGCUCGUCGCAGGACGGGAAGGUGAUCGUGUGGGAUUCCUUCACAACUAACAAGGAGCACGCAGUCACCAUGCCCUGCACGUGGGUGAUGGCGUGCGCGUAUGCCCCAUCGGGAUGUGCCAUUGCGUGUGGUGGUUUGGAUAAUAAGUGUUCUGUGUAUCCACUGACAUUUGACAAAAACGAAAGCAUGGCUGCCAAAAAGAAGUCCGUUGCUAUGCACACGAACUACCUGUCGGCCUGCAGCUUCACCAACUCUGACAUGCAGAUCCUGACUGCGAGCGGCGAUGGGACUUGUGCCUUGUGGGACGUGGAGAGUGGGCAGCUGCUGCAGAGCUUCCAUGGGCACGGGGCCGAUGUGCUCUGCUUGGACCUGGCGCCCUCAGAAACAGGAAACACCUUCGUGUCCGGGGGAUGUGACAAGAAGGCCAUGGUGUGGGACAUGCGCUCCGGCCAGUGCGUGCAGGCCUUUGAAACACACGAAUCAGACAUCAACAGUGUCCGAUACUACCCGAGUGGAGAUGCCUUUGCCUCAGGAUCAGAUGAUGCUACGUGUCGCCUCUACGACCUCCGGGCAGACAGGGAGGUCGCCAUCUAUUCCAAGGAGAGUAUCAUAUUUGGAGCAUCCAGCGUGGACUUCUCCCUCAGUGGUCGCCUGCUGUUUGCUGGAUACAAUGAUUAUACCAUCAACGUGUGGGAUGUUCUUAAGGGGUCUCGAGUCUCCAUCCUGUUUGGACAUGAAAACCGUGUUAGUACUCUGCGAGUUUCUCCUGAUGGGACUGCUUUUUGCUCAGGAUCAUGGGAUCACACCCUAAGAGUCUGGGCUUAAUCGUCUCUUCACAACACAUGCUUAGGUACCUGAGGUUAGAAUUUGAAAUUGCCACAUGUAAAUAGAUCUUACUUCUAGAGGAUUUGAGAGCUUAUCACAACUUAGCUUAAGGGAGCAACUCCAUGGCUGACAGUUCACCAAACAUCUCCAGUAUCACUAUUAAAACUACCACCCCUGGAAAAACACCACUGUGAGCCUUCAGCACUACUUCAAGUAUAGUGUUGUUUUUUGUUUGUUUGUUUCAUUUUGAACACUUUUUAAAACUUAUUCAUUUAAGGUUAUUCUUAAUUAUACUCAACUCAUUCUAUUACCGACAGAUUUCAGCAUUUAGUAUCUUUCAUAUUCCUUCCUUGAGUCAGUUUUGUCUCAGAGCACUUUAGAAGCUGGUCUUUCUCAGCAUGCACCGUGACUUUGGAAGCCUCGUCUGGAGGUGCUCACUUUAGUGGGCUGUCUGAGGAGGUACUUGAUCUGCGAUAGAAGAAAGUUCCAAUUCCAAAUGUAAAUAGACAUCUUUUUAUUGUAAAAGCAUCUUUCCCAGUCUUACAUCAUAUCAUCUUGUUUCAGAUAAAACAUUUUCGUCUGUGUGAACUGGUAUAAAUGAAGUACAGGUGUGCGCAAGAUGGGCAGGAUAUUUAAUUUAUGAGCCAUGUGAUGACGUGAUAGGAGUGUUACCACUUGGCCGAACAUUUUCUUUCAAGGAAAAAGCUGACCGCUGUGUGUGACACACAUGCUUCUCAGAGUCACCAAAACCUUUCUGUGUGGGAACUCAUGACAGUAAACAUAUUUAAAGACCUAUCCCUGGUAUUAGACAUAUUAGGAUUAGUAGUAUCCCCUCAGCCUAAAAUGGGUCUUGUCCAUAUCCAUUAGACUCAUAUUUAUUGCAUUAUGAGUGUAAUUGCAUAUACAACUCAAUUGAUAUGUCUUGAACAAUAAUCUUUGUCUUAUAUGACAAAAAUAACAUAAACGAUGCCUUUAUGUGAAAUUCAGCAAUUCCUUCUAGAAGAUACCAAGUGCUUUGUUACAGGAUCCUUUCUUUUCCUUUUUUUAUUUGUUGGUUUGUUUGUUUUGUUUUGUUUUUAAAGGUAUAGAGAGGCUUAUUCUUUGUUUUCGAAAAUUCCUUACUCAUAAAGAUGGCCUGCGUUAGGGAAGUAAAAAGUCACCUCAGAUACCAAAAAUCACUCCUGGGUGAGGCUUGCCCGGUGGGUGGCCUGGGGUCGGUCGGGCCAGGCCCUGUGGUUUCCAAGUGCCCCUGGGUCUCCUGGUCUCCUCUCAGCCCUGCUGUAGCCCAGCCCUUCUCCCAAGGGUAGUGCUGGCUUUGCAGGCCCAGCCCCAGGCCCCGCUGCACUGAGGGGCCCUCCUGGAGCUGGAGCUGGCACCCCUGUAACCUGGGGGGGUUACAGGACCACCCUCUAAACCACUUGGUCAGGAAUCAUAGUGGACCAGUCAGUCAAAAAUCAGGCCGUCUUUUCCAUCAGUUUUUUAAAAAUAAACAAAGUGGUUGCAUUCAGUCAUUUGUGAGGGUUUUACUACACAAAAGGCAGGGGCCUUUUUUUUUUUUACAGAAAAGGCCCCUGCUUGCCCCUGAAGAGGCAGAGGAGGACACGGUCCAGAGGGACCACUUUCCGGCCACCUUCCCCCCAGAGGACUGUCCAGGUGGGCACUCGGGGAAAUGGGCACCGGGUCCGCCCAGCCCCUGCCAGCUGCUGAGGGAGCAGGCCCCUCCGCGUGUCUACUCCCAGGACCCCCGAGUGUGCUCCGGUCCCCGGUUGCAGCCCCCCUCCCUCCCACAGACCCCUUCAUGCCUCUGCUCCCUGACCCGGCCUCCCAGAAGCGAAGGGACACGGGGCAAAGCAAAAGUCCCCUAAACUGCGGGGCAGCAAAUUCAAGGUAUAUGUAGAGGCAGACAGAGCACUUAUCUUCAGUAUAAGUGCAAAAUAGCCCAUAACUUUCCAACUAAAAAGUGACUUUAAAGGCCUUUUGAAAGUAUUUUGUAGAAUACUCCCCCACGGGCAGUAAGCACCUCCCCCAUAAGUAUGUCAUCUCACAGUGGGUGUUGUUUAGUAUUUACUGAUGAAAUACUUGGCUGGGAAUAUACUACACCAUGUGGAGACUCAAGGGUAUAAUCCAAGUAAUAAACUGUAUUUUGCAUAUUGAAAAUAA